GGAGUAAUGACCAAAUAUCGGCUCCAUCUAAAUAACAUCGCUCUGCCUUCCCUGUCUAAACGCAGUUGAAUAGUUAAGGCACACAGAAAGGAGCCACCAUGGGGGACGACAGUGAAUGGAUGAAAUUACCCAUCGACCAGAAGUGUGAGCAUAAGGUUUGGAAAGCCAGGUUAAAUGGGUAUGAGGAAGCACUCAAGCUUUUCCAGAGAAUAGCAGAUGAAAAGAGCCCAGAGUGGGGAAAAUACUUGGGACUCAUCAAAAAGUUUGUCACAGACUCCAAUGCCGUGGCCCAACUCAAAGGUCUGGAGGCAGCUCUUGUUUUCAUUGAAAAUGCUCAUAUCGCCGGCAAAACGACGGGAGAAGUGGUUUCUGGAGUGGUCAGUAAAGUGUUCAACCAGCCUAAAGCCAGGGCCAAAGAGCUGGGAACAGAUAUCUGUCUCAUGUACAUCGAGAUAGAGAAAGCUGAGAUAGUCCAGGACGAGCUCAUCAAAGGACUGGAUAAUAAAAAUCCCAAGAUUGUCGUGGCUUGUAUUGAAACGUUAAGAAAAGCACUCUGUGAGUUUGGCUCCAAAAUUAUUACCCUGAAACCAGUAGUCAAAGUGUUGUCAAAACUGUUUGAGUCUCGAGAAAAGGCUGUACGAGAUGAGGCCAAGUUGCUUGCGAUAGAGAUUUAUAAGUGGAUCAGGGAUGCACUCCGACCUCCUCUUCAGAAUAUCAACUCUGUACAGUUAAAAGAGUUAGAGGAAGAGUGGGUGAAGCUGCCGACCGGAGCUCCAAAACAGAGCCGCUUCCUGCGUUCCCAGCAAGACCUGAAGGCCAAAUUUGAGCAGCAGCAGGCAGCCGGGGGAGACGAGGCAGACGGAGACGAUGCUGAGGAGACUGACGCACAAGUGGAUCCAUAUGAACUACUGGAAGCUGUGGAGAUCCUCUCUAAAAUCCCUAAAGACUUCUAUGAGAAAAUUGAAGCAAAGAAAUGGCAGGAAAGGAAGGAAGCCCUGGAGGCAGUGGAAGCCUUGGCUAAAAACCCUAAACUGGAGGCCGGUGACUAUGGGGACUUGGUGCGAGCGUUGAAGAAGGUUGUGGGCAAAGAUGCAAACGUAAUGCUAGUAACCCUGGCAGCCAAAUGUCUGGCUGGGUUGGCAACAGGACUCCGGAAGAAGUUUGGAACAUAUGCAGGCCAUGUGGUGCCAACCAUUUUGGACAAGUUCAAGGAGAAGAAGCCUCAGGUGGUUCAGGCCUUGCAGGAGGCCAUUGAUGCAGUCUUCCUAACUACCACUCUUCAGAAUAUCAGUGAGGAUGUUUUGGCUGUGAUGGACAACAAAAACCCCUCUAUCAAACAACAAGCCUCUUUGUUCCUGGCCAGAAGCUUUCGCCAUUGUACCCCAUCCACGUUGCCAAAAAGUGUCCUGAAGCCUUUCUGUGCUGCCUUUCUCAAGCAAGUGAAUGACUCUGCACCCGAGGUGAGAGAUGCGGCAUUUGAGGCUCUGGGAACAGCCAUGAAAGUAGUCGGGGAGAGAGCUGUGAAUCCGUUCUUGGCCGACCUGGAUAAGCUCAAGCUCGACAAGAUAAAGGAAUGUGCUGAUAAAGUGGAACUUGCUGGAGGAAAGAAAGGAGGAGGGGGAGAGAAGAAAGAGAAACCUGCUGCUAAAGCUCCUCCUCCUGCAGAAGCUCCUCCUAAAACCUCUGGACCCCCCAAGAAAGCCCCUGCUCCAGCGGCAGGACCCCCCAAGAAAGGAAAACCUGCUUCUGCUGCAGGUGCUAAAGGAAAGAAAGCUCCAGAAACGAAGGAGACAGUGGAGGCUGAAUUAUCAAUGGAAGUGUGUGAGGAGAAAUCGGCCGUUGUGCUUCCUGCCUCUUGUAUGCAGCUGCUGGACAGCGCUAACUGGAAGGAGAGGCUGGCCAGUAUGGAGGAGUUUCAAAGGGCUGUUGAGCAGAUGGAUGACAAAGAGAUGCCCUGCCAGGCAUUGGUCAGGAUGUUGGCUAAGAAACCCGGCUGGAAAGAGACCAAUUUUCAGGUCAUGCAGAUGAAGUUGCACAUUGUGGGUCUUAUAGCCCAGAAGGGCUCCUUCUCCAAGACGUCAGCACUGGUGGUGCUGGAUGGACUGGUGGAUAAGAUUGGUGAUGUGAAGUGUGGGAGCAAAGCCAAAGAGGCUCUGACGGCUAUUGGAGAGGCUUGUUCAUUACCGUGGACUGCCGAACAGGUGGUCUCAAUGGCUUUUGCUCAGAAGAAUCCAAAAAACCAAGCAGAAACACUGAACUGGUUGGCUAACGCCAUGAAGGAGUUUGGAUUUGCAGGAAUAAACGUAAAGGCUUUCAUCAAUAAUGUCAAAACAGCUCUAGGUGCCACCAAUCCGGCUGUGAGGACUUCAGCCAUUACUCUUUUGGGGGUGAUGUAUCUUUACAUGGGAGCUCCACUCCGAAUGUUCUUUGAAGAUGAGAAGACUGCGUUACUGUCGCAAAUAGACGCUGAAUUUGAAAAGAUGCAGGGCCAGUCUCCUCCAGCUCCUAUCAGAGGCGCUAAGAAAGCAGCGGAGGAGGAUGGAGAAGAGGCGGGAGAGGAAGACGAGCCUGAAGGAGCCGGAGACAUCAUGGAUCUGCUGCCCAGGACAGACAUCAGUGAUAAGAUCACGUCUGAUAUGGUGGCUAAAAUCAGCGAUAAGAACUGGAAGAUCAGGAAAGAGGGAUUGGAUGAGGUGGCAGCAGUCAUCUCUGAAGCCAAGUUUAUCCAGUCCAACAUCGGAGAGCUGCCCAUGGCUCUGAAGGGCCGACUCAAUGACUCCAACAAACUCCUGGUCCAGCAGACUUUGACUAUUCUGCAGCAGAUAGCCACAGCAAUGGGCCCAUCUCUGAAACAGCAUGUGAAAAACCUGGGAAUACCCAUUAUCACUGUACUGGGUGACAGCAAGCCCAAUGUCCGCACAGCUGCCAUGACAACACUGAACGCCUGGGUUGAGCAAACAGGUAUGAAGGAGUGGCUUGAGGGAGAGGACCUGUCAGAGGAGCUCAAGAGAGAGAACCCCUUCCUCAGACAAGAGGUUUUGGGCUGGUUAGCCGAGAAGCUGCCCACACUGCGGACCGUGCCCCCUGACCUGAUGCUGUGUGUGCCACACCUGUACGCCUGUCUGGAGGACCGCAGCGGAGACGUCCGCAAAAAGGCCCAGGACGCCCUCCCCACCUUCAUGAUGCACCUGGGCUAUGAGAAGAUGAGCAAAGCCACUGGCAAACUCAAGCCCGCUUCAAAGGACCAGGUGGUCGGCAUGUUGGAGAAGGCACGAGCGGUGAUGCCAGCCAAGCCAGCGGCGCCAGCUAAAGCCUCCGCGUCCAAGGCCACGCCCAGCGCCCCUACCGCGAAGGCAGCCCCAGGUUCGGCUAAAGCCCAGCCUGCUAACGAUGACUACACAGUGCCUGCCGAGUCCAAACCAGACUCUAAGAAAGUCAAAGCAGGAGGGCCAGCGGCUAAAAAGAGUGUACUGGGGAAGAAGGCAGCACCAGUUAAGGUCAGUGCAAAGGAUGACGAGGACAAGUCGGGACCCAUCUUCAUGUUGGUGCCCAAUGGCAAAGAGCAGAGGAUGAAGGAGGAGAAAGCCUUGAAGAUACUAAAGUGGAAUUUCAUCACCCCGCGGGAUGAGUACGUGGAGCAGUUGAAGACACAGAUGUCCACCUGUCUGGCCAAGUGGCUGCAGGAUGAACUUUUCCACUUUGACUUCCAGCGCCAUGUCAAGGCCAUCGGAGCCAUGAUCGAGCACUUGGAGGCUGAGGUGGAGGCUGUGAUUGGUUGUUUGGAUCUGAUUCUGAAGUGGUUCACGCUGCGUUUCUUUGACACUAACACUAGUGUGUUAAUGAAAGCCCUGGAGUUCCUUAAACUUCUCUUCACUGUGCUCAGCAGAGAGAGCUACCACCUCAGUGAAUAUGAGGCUUCGUCCUUUAUCCCCUACCUCAUCCUUAAAGUCGGGGAAUCGAAGGACGUGUUGCGUAAAGAUGUGCGUGCCAUUCUGAAUAUGCUGUGUAAUGUUUACCCUCCCACUAAAGUCUUCCCUUUCCUAAUGGAGGGGACCAAGUCAAAGAACUCCAAACAGAGAUCAGAAUGCCUUGAAGAGCUGGGCUGUUUGAUUGAGAACUAUGGGAUGAACGUUUGUCAGCCGACUCCAGCGAAGGCGCUCAAAGAGAUCGCAGUUCACAUCGCCGACAGGGAUACGACCGUACGCAACGCCGCACUCAACACAGUGGUGGCCGUCUACAAUGUGUGUGGGGACCAGGUCUUCAAGCUCAUCGGCAAUCUUUCAGAGAAAGAAAUGAGCAUGUUAGAGGAGAGGAUCAAACGCUCUGCCAAGAAGGUGCAGCCCGCACCCGCCAAACAGGAGAGGGCACAGAGAGAGCACCCCGCCAAUCCCAACGCCACCUUCUUACGCAAGCCCGCUCAGGAGGAGGUGCCCAAUAAGCUUAACCAAGCGCGGUCACAGAACGCUCAUUCAGACCACUCGGCUCCGUCCAUCCCUAAAGAGUUUCAGCUGGACCUGGACAUGAUCGAGAACGACCACACACGGGUCAGCGAACUACCUGACCUGGUCCAACACAAACUGGAUGAGCUCCUGGAACCGGUCAUGAUCCCUGAACCCAAGAUUCGAUCUGUCUCUCCACACUUUGAUGACCUCCACAACAGCACAGCCUCCACUAUCAAUUUUGUCAUUUCUCAGGUGGCCAGUGGAGACAUCAACACUAGCAUCCAGGCCUUGGCACAGAUUGACGAGGUUUUGCGGCAGGAAGACAAAGCAGAGGCCAUGUCUGGACACAUUGACCAGUUUCUCAUCGCCACCUUCAUGCAGUUACGCCUUAUCUACAACACUCACAUGGCUGACGACAAACUGGACAAGAAAGACAUCUUUAAACUCUACAGCUGCAUCAUUGGCAACAUGCUCUCGCUGUUCUCUAUGGAGAGCCUGGCCCGUGAGGCGUCCAUGGGCGUUCUGAAGGACCUGAUGCACGGCCUGAUCACUCUGAUGUUGGACUCCAGAGUGGAGGACAUAGAGGACGGACAGCAGCUCAUUCGCUCCGUUAACCUGCUGGUCGUGCGUGUCCUGGAGAGGUCUGACCAGACCAACAUCCUCAGUGCUCUGCUGGUGUUGUUGCAGGACAGUCUUAUUACCAGUGCAGGCUCUCCCAUGUUCUCAGAGCUGGUAAUGAAGUGCCUGUGGAGAAUGAUCCGUUUCCUGCCUGAGACCAUAAACAGUAUUAAUUUAGACCGCAUCCUGCUGGAUGUGCACAACUUCAUGAAGGUUUUCCCCAAGGAGAAGCUGAAGCAACUGAAGAGCGACGUUCCCCACAGAACCCUCAAGACUCUCCUGCACACUCUGUGCAAGCUCACCGGUGCCAAGAUACUGGAUCACCUGUCCAUGAUAGAGAACCGGAAUGAGUCGGAGCUGGAGGCGCACUUGAGACGGGUGGUGAAGCAUUCCGGAAACCUCUCUGGGUUAAAGUCUGACAGAAGCACAGAGAAAGGAGUGCUCAGAACAGAUGAGAAAAUGUCCAAGGCCAAAGUGAGUGACAUCCUGUCAGAGAUUUUCAAAAAGAUUGGCUCAAAGGAAAACACUAAAGAGGGUCUGACGGAGCUGUAUGAGUACAAACAGAAGUAUUCGGAUGCAGACCUGGAGCCGUUCCUGAAGAACACGUCUCAGUUCUUCCAGAGUUACGUUGAGAGAGGUCUCCGUAUGAUUGAGUCAGAGCGGGAGGGCAAAGGCAGAAUUCAGCCCCCUACAGUGAUUGCCCAGCAUGGCACAGAGACAUCCACAUACAUGCCCAGCUCCAGCACAGUGCCAGCCAGCAACUACGGAGAGGACCUCAAACCCGCUGUGUACUACGAACGACUGAAAAUCCUCAGACAGAGACACGGACUGGAGAAUAACUCUAAGGAGGAUGACCGGCCUCCUCUGACCUCCCUGCUGUCCAAACCCUCGGUGGCGUCCUCCACCGACAUGCUCCACAGUAAACUGUCUCAGCUGAAGGAGUCGCGAGAGCAUUUCCAGCAAGACCAGUCGCACUCCCACAGCCCCACUCGUUCCUCCUCCCCGGCCACCAACCUCGACGACCUCAAAAAGAGGCUGGAGAGAAUAAAGAGCAACCGCCAGUAAAUACUCACCCAUCUGUGACCCCGCCCACUGCCCCACCCACUCUCGUUAGUGCGCUAGCUAGCCUGCUCCCUCGCGCCAAGCCACAGGCCUCUUCUUCACCACUACAAUUCGGGCCAUCGUUUUUCAGGG